AUGGGCUCACCGCCACUCUCCCUCGAGACUACGAAGAAGGAGCUGAAGGAUUUGUACAGACAUAUGUGGAGGAUCAGACAUAUGGAAAUGGCCAUCAACCGUCUUUACCUCCAACGCAAAGUCCGCGGCUUCUGUCACUUGUCGAUUGGUCAAGAGGCUGUAGCCGUGGGUGUCGAGCACGGGAUCACGAGGGACGACAAAUUGAUCACCGCGUACCGAUGCCACGGGAACGUCCUAAUGCGAGGAGCCACACCCAGAGAAGUCAUAGGCGAAGUUCUCGGUAGGCGGGAAGGUGUUGCCCGUGGAAAAGGAGGCUCGGUCCACAUGUACUACAAGAACUUCUACGGUGGUAAUGGUAUCGUUGGCGCACAAGUGCCGAUCGGUGCAGGCCUGGCCUUCGCACAGCAAUACAUGGGCACGAACAACAUCACCAUCAGUCUCUACGGAGAUGGAGCGGCGAACCAGGGGCAGGUGUUUGAGGCGUUCAAUAUGGCUAAGUUGUGGAAUCUGCCGGUGAUUUUCGGCUGCGAAAAUAAUCUGUUCGCCAUGGGCACGUCGGCCGCCAGGGGAUCUGCGUCCGUCGACUACUACAAGCGCGGCCAGUACAUUCCCGGCUUGAAGAUUGAUGCAAUGGAUGUCGUCGCUGUCCUUGCCGCCGUCAGAUACGGCAAGGAGUACGUCAUGUCGAAUGGUCCACUGGUCUAUGAAUUUGCGACCUAUCGGUACUUUGGACAUUCCGUUUCUGACCCGGGAACGACGUAUCGUACACGAGACGACGUCCAAGCCAUCCGGAAGUCGCAAGAUCCGAUCAACAACUUUCACGAGAAACUGAUUGCUUUGGGUGUCGCCGACCAAGAAGAGCUAAAGCAGAUUGACAGAGAUGAAAAAGCGAUGAUCGAAGACGAAGUCGUCGAGGCCGAAAAGAUGGAAUUUCCAGAUGCUACCGCUCGUAUCUUAUUCGAGGACAGUUAUUUUCGCGGCAGCGAACCUCAAUGGGUCAGAGGGAGGACUCCCGAUGAGACCUUCUAUUUUGAAUAG